ACCUGACCGUAGCUUGGCUGAGAUAUGGCGUCUUACUUGCUUGCUGGUGAGCGGCUACGGCGCGCUGUGCUCCCCGGUGGGGAGCUGGAGCUGGAGCAGCUACCCCCGAAACUGCGGGCAGAGCUUGAAGCCGCGCUGGGGGAGAAGUGCAAGGACGGUGAUAACGCCAGUGGCCCCGCACACCUGGUUUCCUUCCGCCUGAUCCGGGAACUGCACCAGUACCUGAGAGAAAGGGAUUCUACCCUGUACCUUCAUGAGCUCCUAGAGGGCAGUGAAAUCUAUCUCCCAGAGGUUGUAAAGCCUCCUCGGAACCCAGAGCUAGUUGCCCGACUAGAGAAGAUUAAAAUACAGCUGGCCAAUGAGGAAUAUAAACGGAUCACCCGCAAUGUCACCUGUCAGGACUCACGGCAUGGUGGAACUCUCAGUGACCUGGGAAAACAAGUGAGGUCAGUGAAGGCUCUGGUCAUCACCAUCUUCAACUUCAUUGUUACUGUGGCAGCAGCCUUCGUCUGUACUUACCUUGGAAGCCAAUAUGUCUUCACAGAAAUGGCCUCGCGGAUACUGGCUGCACUGAUCGUCGCCUCUGUGGUGGGUCUGGCCGAGCUGUAUGUCAUGGUGCAGGCGAUGGAAGGAGAGUUGGGAGAGCUUUAACUGGUAUUUCAUCAUCAGAGACUGGAGAGGAUGUUGGGGAGCUCCUGGCUCCUAGCUGCAAUCACUGACUCAGUGAACCCAUCAGUCUCUGGUUAGUCAGCCAGCCACCUGUAAUUCCUGCAGGAAAGCCCAGCCUCUGCCUUUUGGAGUAUGGGGAACCAGCAAGAGGAAACCCAGACGACAACAGAAAAUAACUGGUCUUGUUACUGUUAUUCUUGUCAGUACCUCUGGAACUUGGUGCCCAUCUGCCUCCCCAGUUCAUUCUGGGCACUACUGUGCUGGGUUUUACUCCACUGGGUGUAAUUAGUAUGCAGACCUUCCCAGAAGAAGACCAAACUGCCUUGAACUUGGCCAGGUGCACAAAUGGAUUGUCAUCCUCAUUCCACACAUCCUUGAUGUGGACCUGUAACUAAGAUCAGAAGCUUCCAGGAAAGCAGAAGGAAAUCCUCUAUCCUUUGUGUUAGAAAAGGACACCCAGUCAGAGGAUGCCACGUAAGAGACCAAGUAAAAGACAGGAUGGUGGAAUUAGAAGUAGGGCAGCUACCUUUUUAAAAUCUUAGCUUCUGUAUUCCUCCUCUUCCUGUCAUUUGUCGUUUCCUGAUUUCUUUGUGCUUCUGCCUAUGCUGUCACUUAGCAGCUCUCCGAUCUUCUCAUCACCCUUUGUUUGGUUUCCAAAAGUGAAAACAAUUUAGGAGGCAAAACAUCUGCUUUUCAUUGUAAACCCCUAGUUUGUGAGGAGAAUAUGCCCCCUGUGGAUUGGCUCAGUAAAGGGAGACAUUCUUUUAGCCAAGGACUGUUUGGAGAUUUAACAAUAUAUAGAACUGUAUAUGGCUAUGAAUAAACAUGCACAUGUAUAUCCAUAGCAUAUACAUGACGAUUAUGGGCACAUAUUGUUAAUCGUAAACCUAACACAGGAUAUUUUAUGUGGAUUCUUAAUUUGUGCUUGUGAGUGUAUGAAAAACAGUAUGUAAAUAUUCAUGAUGAACUGUUUUACACAUUUGCUUUUGGUCUUCAUAUUAAUCCUGAAGGUUGGAAAAGAAAAUGGCUUUAGACCCCUUUUCCAGAAGGCAAAAUAGGCCGAGAGAGAUCAAAUGACCAACUGUUGUCCUUUCUCUGUUAAAUGGAGACAAAACAUUCUAGAUAGUCUUGAAGUCUCUGAAUUGUUAAACUCCUAAGAACCUUGAUUAGUGGUACAAUGAUAAAAUCUGUAUAGGUACUUAGAAAUGAUGAUCAACAUUAGUUAUUUAUCCAAUAAAUAUUUAUUGUAUCUGA